AUUAGACCCGUAAAACAGACUGGCAUUACGAAGCCCCGGAUAUUAAAAGAAACGAAAUCCCUUUAAUUGAAGACGUCAAAUCCGUUUCUUCUUCUGGGAAAAGCUUCUGCCCGCAUUAGCUGUACUCUUCGUGAAAAUUUGAGCAGUUUUAGCUUUAAUUUGAAGGUAGAUUUGGAAGGUGUUCCUCGUAUUUGUCUGUAAAUUGAAGGUGUUUUUUUCCCUUUUUUGUUCGUAUUGGAUCCCUGAUCGGUGGAACGAGUUGUCUGUAGCGAUGGGAUUGUGGGAGGCUUUUCUUAACUGGCUUAGAAGCCUAUUUUUCAAACAAGAAAUGGAGCUAUCAUUAAUAGGGCUACAAAAUGCAGGAAAGACAUCACUUGUAAAUGUCAUUGCGACGGGUGGUUAUAGUGAGGACAUGAUUCCAACUGUUGGAUUUAACAUGCGAAAAGUUUCUAAAGGAAAUGUAACAAUCAAGUUAUGGGAUCUUGGGGGUCAGCCUCGUUUUCGUAGCAUGUGGGAGCGCUAUUGCCGCGGUGUCUCUGCAAUUGUAUAUGUGGUGGAUGCAGCAGACAAAGACAAUAUAACCAUUUCUAGGAGUGAACUGCACGAUUUGUUGAACAAACCAUCAUUGCAUGGAAUUCCAUUGCUAGUUCUUGGAAAUAAAAUUGAUAAGGCAGAAGCUCUAUCAAAGCAGGCAUUGACUGACCAGAUGGGUCUGCAAUCUAUAACUGACAGAGAGGUUUGCUGCUACAUGGUAUCCUGCAAGAACUCCACAAACAUUGAUGUUGUUAUUGAUUGGCUUGUAAAGCAUUCAAAGACAAAGAGUUGAAUGACCCGAGCUGUUAAUUUAAAUGUUUCUGUUUGGAGACUCACAUUUGCUGUAAGUUACUGUGUAUCCUUGAGUUCAUCUUCUCAAUGCUACGAUUGAUAACUGUUGGUUACUGACGAGUCACAAAAUACCUCCCUGUCAAUGUCAAACAUCAUGCUGGUUUUAUUAGUAUUGUACAUUUAAAAUGCCCUUCAUUGAGGGCAGUGCAUGGUAUGUGAUUCUGUGUGGUGGACAAAGGUGUAUGGAAAAGGGUUUUUUUCUGGGAGUGUCUUAUAUCGAUGCAGGUAGCUUGCAGGUACCAGUUAUGAUUGUAUUUGUGAUUUCUGAGUGACAUGCAAGUACCAGUUAUGAUUGUAUUUGUGAUUUCUGAGUCAGAUUGCUAGGCUCUGACCAGUUGUUAGUGUCUAUUUGCACCGGAUCAACUACUAUAUGAUGAGGCUUCUUGGGGCUUUUGUCACAUUGGCAAGAGUUCAUCUACAAAUUUUUCAUGUAUAAAAAUAUUUAUUCUUUGGAGUGUUCUUUUCUAAUGUUUAUGCUCAGCUAAACCUUGAACAUUUUUUAAUAAAAGGUUUGCAUCAAGUUUGACAA